AUGGCCGUCGCAAUCUCUCAAGUGUCCUUUGAGCAUCACAGAGUAGCUCUGGGCAUUGGAGAGGAUUCUCCUCGAAUAUCAUGGCGGUUCGAGGGUCAGGAGCAAGACUGGAGGCAAGGCGGAUACAGCAUUGAAUUAUCCCGACAUAAGCAGAAUCAAACUGGACUAUCCCAAAUUGAGUUAUUUCAUCACAAUUCCUCAGAUUCUGUUCUUGUUCCUUGGCCCACUGUCUUGUUAGCAUCAGCAGAGUCUGCUACAGUUCGUGUGAGAGCAUAUGGCGAAGGAGAUCAUCCUGACACCCCUUGGUCCGACAAAGUCAACGUGGAGACCGGACUUCUGGAUCGGGACGAUUGGUCAGGGGCUCGGAUGAUAAGUGCAGACAAGGAAACAGAGAAAAAUGCCACCCACCAGCCGUUACUCUUUCGCAAAGAGUUCUCAGUUAAUAGUACUAGUGUGGAGAAAGCACGAUUGUACAUUACGGCUUAUGGCUUAUACGAAGCACAAAUCAACGGGAAAAGGGUCGGUACUAACGUACUUGCUCCGGGCUGGCAAUCUUACAAACAUCGUCUAGUCUACGAUACUUACGAUGUCACAGACCUACUACUCGCCGGAGAUAAUGUUCUCGGGAUAACAGUUGGCGAAGGUUGGUAUGCUGGCCGCCUUGGAUUUGGAGCAGGCAACCGCAAUAUCUGGGGCGAUACUUUAGGGGCUAUGGCCCUUUUAGUUACUACAUCCAAUGGAAAAACGCGAAGUAUCAAAACAGAUAAGUCUUGGACAUCGAGUACAGGUCCGAUCGUGACCUCUGAAAUAUACAAUGGAGAAGUAUACGACUCGAGGCUAGAGCAGACUGGGUGGUCAACCCCUGGAUUUCUUGUCCCGGACACUGCAAAGUGGAUUGCAGUGAAAGAGCUUGAGACACCUUACGGAAUACUGGCUGCCCCUGACGGACCCCCUAUCCAACGUAUCGAAGAGAUCAAGCUGCGGGAGAUAUUGACAUCUCCCACCGGAAAGACUAUUCUUGACUUCGGGCAGAACUUCGCUGGAUGGCUUAGGAUUGCUGUUAAAGGUAAAAGAGGAGAGACUAUCAAAUUAGUGCAUACCGAAGUCCUAGAAGAUGGAGAAGUAGCGACUCGACCGCUUAGAAAUGCUACUCAGACAGACUACCUUACGCUCUCGGGCGAGCUUCAAACUUGGGAGCCAAGUUUUACUUACCACGGAUUUAGAUACGUCAUGGUCGACGGGUGGCCCGAAGACGAUACUCCGCUAAACAGCGAUUCGAUGAGCGCGAUAGUACUGCAUUCAAAUAUGGAGGAGACAGGUGCUUUCGAGUGUUCAGACGAACUCCUAAAUAAGUUACACGCAAAUGUGAGGUGGUCUAUGAAAUCCAACUUCAUGAGUAUUCCAAGUGACUGUCCCCAAAGGGAUGAAAGACUCGGAUGGACGGGAGAUAGCCUCGCGUUUGCUCCGACAGCCAAUUUUCUCUACGAUACUUCUGGUUUUUGGCGAGGUUGGUUAAAGGAUCUUCAGUCGGAGCAGGUAAAAGCGAUUUGGGGUGACGCUUUAGUCGCUAACCCUUUCAACACAUACCGUGCCUCUGGAGAUCUUGAUACGUUACGAGAGCAAUACACUGGCGCAAAAGCAUGGCUUGACGAAGGCAUUCCUAGAAACGAAGCCGGCUUGUGGAGUCGUUCAAACUUUCAGCUAGGUGAUUGGUUGGACCCCAAGUCUCCGCCAGACGACCCGGGCCGCGCCACUACGAGCUCUACAUAUGUUGCUGAUGCAUAUCUCGUCUACGUAACCGGACUGGUUGCGGAGAUGGCCUCGGAGCUUGGGCUUGACGACGAUAAAAUCCGCUUCGAGAAAUGGGCUGAAGACCUCAAGACGGCUUUCGGAGAAGCAUGGAUAGGUCCCCAAGGUAUCGUCGCCAACGAGACGCAAACUGGCCUCGCGUUACCGCUAUACUUUGAUUUAUUCGAUAGCGAAGCGCAAGCAAACGCAGCGGCCAGUCGACUGGAGAAAAUUAUCGUAGAUAAUAAAUAUCUAGUUGGAACAGGUUUCUCGGGGACGCACUUGCUCGGCCUUGCCCUGACUAAAUACAACCUUACCGAUACCUUCUACAAGAUGUUAAGCCAAACAGCGGUCCCCUCUUGGUUGUAUCAAGUAACGAUGGGAGCUACGACUACGUGGGAGAGAUGGGAUAGCCUCCUCCCUGAUGGCUCGCUCAAUCCCGGGGAAAUGCUAUCCUUUAACCAUUAUUCGUUUGGCUCGGUAGCAAACUGGAUACACCAGGUUAUUAGCGGCCUGGCUCCAGCGAGGCCGGGAUGGAAGACAGCCAGAGUGAACAUAGAGCCAGGUGGAAACAUAACUUGGGCUAAAGCCAGUUAUUUAAGCCCUUACGGCAAGAUAUCGACGGAUUGGAAGAUUAAUGACACCGGAUUCCACCUGGUGUUAGAAGUGCCACCGAACACGGACGCGGAAGUAGUACUGCCUGGCGAAAAGCGCACUCUUUUAGUCGGAAGCGGUCGUCACAGGAUUUCCGACCCUACAUUUCAUUUUUGACUCGUUAUGUUGGGAGCCAAACUCGCGUGACGUCUUCGAGUCUUGCAUUCAUUUAGCAUCAGAUAGGGGCUUACCAUAAAUAAUCCUAUCCUAGCAUAUUGAUGGUAGUGGUGAAUUCGUUUACACCUAGUUGGCGCGUAGUACAGGAGCAGAACUAGAUUGUCCCCUAAUAAGAAAA